GUUCCAACUCACAACUCGCAGCACAGCACACCUCUCCCUCCCACAGCUUCUGUAUACAGAGCAAGAGCUUUCACUACGUCCUCUUCUGCUAAGCUCAGCCAGCUUUCCCUCCGUCCACCACCACCACUACUCCAAUGGCUCGCUACGCCGUGGUCGCCGCCAUCGUCGCCGUCCUGGCCAUCACCGCCGCCGCGCAGGGCCCCACGCCGGCGCCCAAGAUGGCCCCGCUGCCGGCGCCUCCGACGAGGUCCCCCCCGGUCGCCACGCCGCCGACUGCAUCGGCGCCGUCCCCGAUGGCCUCUCCCCCGGCUCCGCCCACCGACGCCCCCGUCGGCGCUCCUUCCGCGAUGACGCCUUCCUCGGUCUCCGGCACCCCCAUGGGCGCACCUGCCGGCGCACCAACCGGCACCACCCCCGCCAGCUCCGCCGUCUACACCUCCUCCGUCAGCUUCGUCGCCGUCGCCGGUGCCGUCGCCGCCGCCGUCCUGUUCUAGAUGCAGCGGCCCUCGCUCGACCGCCGCGGGAGUGCCACUCUGUUUUAUUGCUAGUUCUGUUGUUUAUACAACGAGAUUCAUUUUCUAGAGGCUGCGGAGAGUGACAUGACACUGCCAUGUUAUCUUGUUACAUACUGUGCGCUCGAGAUCAUUAUUAAUGGAAUUCUUUCAUUUGUUACAA